AUUAGAGAGUGACCACUCUGUCGCGCCCCACUAAUUCCCUUUUUUUUUGCUUUUUUUCUUUUUUUUUUUACUCCUCCUAAUCUUCUUCUUCUUCUUCUACUAAUCCCCAAACUAAAUAAACUACACAAAAAGGGGGGAAGAGCUCGCUCCUUUGCUCCGGCAAUGGCGUCCAUGGCGAUCUCCUUCUCCAAUUCCCAAGCAUUAGCCCAACCAUUCCCCAAUUCCCUCAAAACCCACCUCCGAAAUCGCCCCCGCGCCCUUUCCCCCAACCUCUCCGCCGCGCUCGGGCGCGGCCGGGGCCGGGGCCGGGGCCGGGUCUCGUGCGGAUUGAUCGAGCCCGACGGGGGGAGGCUGGUGGAUUUGGUGGUGGGGGAGGGGGCGGCGAGGGAGGCGAAGCGGAGGGAGGCGCUAGGGUUUCCGCGGAUCAAGCUGUCGCGGAUCGACCUGGAGUGGGUGCAGGUGCUGAGCGAGGGGUGGGCGAGCCCCCUGCGAGGGUUCAUGAGGGAGCCCGAGUUCCUCCAAACGCUUCAUUUCAACUCGCUCCGCCUCGCGGACGGGUCCCUGGUCAACAUGUCGGUGCCCAUCGUCCUCGCCAUCGACGACGCCCAGAAGCGCGCCAUCGGGAAUCGCACCAAGGUCGCCCUCCUCGACGCCGCCAACAACCCCGUCGCCAUCCUAAGCGACAUUGAGAUCUACAAGCACAAUAAGGAAGAACGAAUUGCAAGAACAUGGGGAACAACUGCUCCAGGAUUACCAUAUGUUGAAGAAGCUAUAACCAAAGCUGGCAACUGGCUGAUUGGAGGUGACUUGGAGGUUAUAGAGCCAAUCAAAUACAACGAUGGUCUCGAUCAUUAUCGGCUCUCUCCUGCAGAAUUACGUGAAGAGUUUGACCGGCGAAAUGCUGAUGCAGUAUUUGCUUUCCAGCUACGGAAUCCCGUGCACAAUGGGCAUGCCUUGCUCAUGACUGAUACACGUAGGCGUCUUCUAGAAAUGGGCUAUAGAAAUCCCAUUUUAUUGCUUCAUCCAUUGGGUGGCUACACCAAAGCUGAUGAUGUACCUCUUAGUUGGAGGAUGAAGCAACAUGAGAAGGUUCUUGAGGAGGGUGUUCUUGAUCCAGAGACAACAGUGGUCGCAAUCUUCCCCUCUCCCAUGCACUACGCGGGUCCAACUGAGGUGCAAUGGCAUGCGAAAGCCCGCAUUAAUGCCGGCGCAAACUUCUACAUUGUGGGUAGGGACCCAGCUGGUAUGAGCCACCCCACUGAGAAAAGAGAUCUCUAUGAUGCUGAUCAUGGGAAGAAGGUACUCAGUAUGGCCCCUGGACUUGAGAGGCUGAAUAUCUUGCCCUUCAAGGUUGCUGCCUAUGACAAAACAAAGAAUAAAAUGGAUUUCUUCGACCCGUCAAGAAAAGAUGAUUUCCUGUUCAUCUCCGGUACAAAGAUGCGGAAUCUAGCGAAGAAUCAAGAGAAUCCACCCGAUGGCUUCAUGUGCCCUGGUGGCUGGAAAGUGCUUGUUGAAUACUACAACAGUUUGGCUCCUUCCGAGAACGGCAAACCCCGUGAAGCAGUUCCUGUUUGAAUUGUAAAGCACUAGGUGUUGUGUAACCUUGAUCACCUAAAAACCUCCUAGCUGAUGAACACAACCAAAUAAAACUAUCAGCUACUUACCUGUGUGAAAGCUUUGUGCUUGGUUUGUCUUAAUUAGCGAGCAAUAAAAAACACACCAGAAUGUGCUGGGGAGCAAGUGGUAUUGCUCUUCUUGUUGUACAUAAUCGAAAUUAUGUGUGACCUUAUAAGCACCGGUGCUUGCUUUGCAGUUUUUGCUAGAA